GGCGGCUCAAGCAUCUUCCCCGCAAACGUGCUGAUCCCUUCUCCGACAUCAGGCGCAGCUCUUCGAGCCAAGCAUUCGGUCGACUGUUAGUGAAUCGCAAACGCGCUCGCUUCCCUCUUCUACCAUACGAUUGUCAAGAUCAACAAGCAAGCUUGCCUCACCGCUCAUUGGAGUCCUUCACAAGCUAGCUAGCACGCGAUGGCCGCUGAAGUUCCAGCCUGGGAGGGCUACACCCUAUACAUCGCCCCAGAAAGCUACCUCUUCGAUCCCAUCACUGCGAAGGAUGCAGGGGAAAAGAAGCAGGUGCUCAAGAUCGAGAGGGAUGAAGAGGGCAGCAUCACUUUGCUUGAUUCGAUGCCCACGCUGACGCUGCGCGAAAAAGAGCUCAAGGUGUACGGUAUCCUUGGUCAGAUCACGCUGCACACAGCUCCAUAUCUCGUGCUGGUGACGGCUCGCAAACAAGUCGGCACUUUGAGCGGUCAUGCUCUCUACCAAGCCACCGACUUUCGCAUCUGCCCCGUACCCAGGGACUCGAAGCCCAGCGUCAUGGAGCACCCUAUAGAGCGCACGCUGCUGGAAUUGCUCAAGACUCAUCUCUACUCUGCUCCAUUCUACUUUAGCUACACUUAUGAUCUGACCAGCUCCUUUCAGCGAUCAGAGAGUCAGCGCGGAGCUCUCUGGCAGAGGGCGGACGAGCGCUUCUUCUGGAAUCGGUACAUCAGCACGGGAUUCAUCGAGACCACGGCGUCGGGCAAGACGGAUCUGUCCAAAUUCAUUCUCCCCAUCAUCUUUGGCUUCUUGGAGCUGAAGCAGAUCAACAUCAAGGGCAAUGAUCUCACCUAUGGUCUGAUCGCAAGGCGCUCCAGACACCGAGCAGGGACGAGAUAUUUCUCUCGAGGCAUAGACGCCACGGGCGAAGUCUCCAACUUUAACGAGUCCGAGCAAUUCAUCAUCCUCAAUAAGGGGGGCAAAGAGACUCGAAGCUCGUACGUGCAGACCAGAGGCUCGGUGCCAGUAUUUUGGGCAGAGGUCAACAAUCUGCGAUACAAGCCUGAUCUUUUGAUUAUGGACAAGCACGAGACAGCCGAGGCUACCGCUUUGCAUUUCCAAAAGCAAGUGGCAACCUAUGGAGAAAAUUAUUUGGUCAACCUGGUCAACCAAAAGGGUUAUGAGAAGCCAGUCAAAGACGCUUACGAGAAGGCUGUCGAAGAGCUAGGCAACCCUCGAGUCCACUACACGUACUAUGACUUCCACCAUGAGUGCAAGGGUAUGAAGUUUGAAAAGGUCUUUGGGCUGAUCGAACGGCUCCAAGGCAAGGGACUUCGAGCGGAAGACUACUUCCAAUCAGACGGAGGCCGCACCACGCGCAAACAGUCUGCAGUGGUUCGCACGAACUGCAUGGAUUGCCUGGACCGCACCAACGUUGUUCAGAGCACCCUUGGUCGAUGGGUGUUGAACCAGCAACUGCGCGAAGUCGGCGUAUUGGCCUCGGGAGAAAAGUUCGAGGACCAAAAGGAGUUUUGGCACAUCUUUAGAAAUGUCUGGGCUGAUCAUGCGGAUGUGGUCAGCAAGGCUUACUCGGGGACGGGCGCGCUCAAGACCGACUUUACUCGCACUGGCAAGCGAUCGUGGGAAGGCGCGCUGCAGGAUGGAGUCAACUCUAUGACUCGAUACGUCCGCAACAACUUCUUCGAUGGUAGUCGGCAAGACGCCUACGACUUGUUCACUGGAGCUUGGACGCCGAGAAAAGGCGCCACGGGAGACAAGCGUGCCAUUCUCGUACGCUUGAUGCCGUACAUUUGGCUGCUCUCGGUCGCGAUUUUGGUCGCAGCCUUCUUGGCACCUCGCUCAGACGAUGACGCCACGCGCAACAAGAUCACUGCUGUCGCAGUCAUUGUAGCGUUCACGUCCUUCUACUUCAUCACCGAGCGAGGCUUGGAGUACGUGGCCUGGCCAACCCUCAACAGACCUGAAGAGACCAUGUACUACGAUGGACCUGGCUACUCUUCCGGACGACACGGCAGGGCAGCCAUCUCUGCGCACUACGAGGGGAACAGGAAGGGCCCAAAGUCUACAGCUAGAGAUAUCCUCGCUGAACCAGCCAAGGUCGCUAAAGGAAGAAGGGGCGGAGAGUAUACGCAGUAGGUCUACAAGCGACCAUGCGGGUCCGCGAAUGCGGCACAGCAUGAGAUGGCGCCUACCCGCGACUGCAUUCAUGUCUCGUGAGAUUUGCGCUCUGUACAUAGACAAGGAAUGAAAUGCAUUUCGAAAUGGCAGGCAGUGGUGGGCGUUGCACAUC